AUGCUAUCAUACGAAACGUACAUGAACCUGGUGCACUAUCCAGAACACUGGUCGCAGCCGGUGCCACACGAGAUAUCGCGGAGGGUGAUAUGCAAUGCGCUAUCGCCUUGCGUCAGCGUGCAGAGCACCGCUGCGUUGGAGGCGCAUCUUGCGGAGGAGUUUUCGGAGGGCUCGCUGUAUAUGCUACUGCGGUACUUCGCGGACUACGUGCGGGAGCGCGGCGAGGAGGUGGGGAGCGUGUCGGGACAGCGGCGACCGGGCUCGGUGUACCAGCGACAGACGUCGCGGUACGUGCGGUUCCAGCGGCCUCUUGAGGAGGUUAUCGAGACGGCAGAGCAGCAGGCUGUGGACUUCGAGGAUCUGGAGGAGGCGCUGGGGCAGUUCCUGCGCGACAUAGAGGCGCGCACGACGAACGAGUCGCCAUCGGAGCUGCUGAAGCACUCGAUAUUCCACAAGUUCAUCACGAUGCUGUCGUCGACUGCGCUGUCGCCGUACCACACGGUGAACCACCCGAUCAUGGCGCUACUGGCACUCGAUGUCACUCAGGGGGAGGAAUACACGCUUGCGCGCGAACUGCUGGUCCAAUUCAAGAACCUGCCCAGCAAGAGCAGCAAGUUCCCGUCGUACAUUAACACAAACGAUGUGCUACCGGUGUUCAUCUUAUGCUUUGAUGAGUCGUCUUCCGAGCAGUGGGAGACUGUGCAGGCGUUGCAAAAAGCGAUCAAGAAACAGCUCUUUGUUGAGAGUGUGCCGCUGCCGAUCUUCACGAAUUACGAGUCCGAUCCUGUGGUAUUGCAUCCUCCGAUCACGAACUCGUUACAGGAGCAGGUGUACGAUGGCUCACAUCCACCGUUGCUGCGGCUUUGUCCGCAACUGGUCGAUGUAAUAUACGAAACGAUAAAUGCAAUGGUGGAGGACCUGAUGAUCCCUUUCAUGAACCGCAAGAUUUCCUUCUGGGAUGAGACCAUUCUUCAGCCCAGGAAAUCGAUAUUCCAUGGAAACAAGUUUCUCAAGAGGUUCAUGAAUAAGACGAACAGCUCUGCAGCUGGAACCUUAUCUACAUCUUCGGAUGGGUAUUUUCUAGCGUCCUCGAACGAAUUUUUGCUCCGGAAGCUUGCCGAUUGGUCCUUUAUGCUUUCCGACUAUAAGACAGCGUACUCGAUAUACUACAUUUUGCUCAGGGAUUUUGAGCUCUAUCCUCAGUAUCUUUCUUCCUGUCAGGAGUUUUCUGCGCUUUCUCUUUUGAUGGGUGCGCACUCCAUUGUCACUACCAAGAUGAUUAAAAAUGACAUCGACCCUCUAAUUAUGAAAUAUAUGGAUUCCACGGUAGCGAGUUUAAACUACUUGGGUAAGUUCCGCUGCCUUGUGUAUAUGGCGGAACUAUUUCUUUCUCUAAGCGACACAUGGACAUCUGCGCCAUUUGCCAUCAAAUACCUUGAGCUUAUCUUGCAAAAUGAACAGCUGAAGCUCGGGCCGCUUUCAAGGACGAUGCUGUGGGAACGUAUAAGUUAUGCUUAUCAGUUACGCAUAGACCCUCGCAUCCAUACAGACGACGAAUACCUCUCAGAUAAUUUUAUGGAACUGACAACAGAAGACGAUUUUUGCAUGAAUCCAAACAAGCUACACCAUUGGAGAAUACACAGCCUGGGGUUAACACGCCAUAGGAAGGAAGCAGUAUUCCGCUUAUUGGCAGCAAAGAAAUGGCUAGAGUAUGGACAUAUAAGGCAAGGCGCUUGGUCCCUUAAGGGAUGCAACAAGGUAUAUCGUAAUUUAGGGUUUGCUAAUGCCGAUGGGACAUUGUUGAGCAGAUUAGUAGACAUGGUAGUUCACGAGGAAACCGUGCAGUCUUUAGCUGAACAUAGAAAUCAUUAA